AUGUUUCAAAAGUACGAAGAGGUGACAGUUACAGAUUUGGAAUCUUUAUUACAGCAUGAUCAUAGAGAUUUUAUAUCUCAUUUAGUUUAUGAUUGUAAUAUUAGAUUAAAAAAAGGUUAUGUUCCAAACAUCAAGACACUAACAUUGGGUAAUGGUUUCAAUAAAAGGCUGACGGAGGGAUGCAUACCCAUAUCCUGCACCAAACUAGUUUUAAUGAGAAAUUUCAAUCAAAUUAUUAAACCAGGAGAAUUACCCUCGUCUAUCAAAUAUCUAACUUUUUCAGACCAUUAUAAAAUCAAAUUAUUAGAAGGUUCAAUACCAUCAAGCGUAACAUAUCUCGAAUUUGGCCAUCAAUACAAUAUCACCUUGGAAAAAGGUAUUAUUCCCAACUCUGUUACACAUUUAAAAAUGGGUUUAGGUUAUAAUAGAUAUAUGCGUGACCAAGCUAUACCAAAUUCAGUAAGAACCCUUAUAUUAGGUCUAAAUUUUAAUCAAUCUAUUACAACAACAGGAGCUUUACCUACUAAUUUGGAGCGUUUGGAUUUCGGGUGGGCAUUUAAUAAACCUCUAGUACCAGGAUGUUUUCCCCCAUCAUUAAAAUCGUUAAGGUUUGGUUCAAAUUUUUCACAUCCAAUACCUGAUAAUUGCUUACCUCAAGGUCUUACUUUGCUGGAAUUCGGUGAGUUUUUUAAUCAUUCUAUAUUAGGUAAAAUACCAUCUUCAGUAACAUCCUUGCGAAUUGGGUCCGAUUAUCAACAUGAUCUAGAUGAAAAUUGCUUGCCUCCGUCACUUUUAACACUUUCAAUUAAUUCAAAAUAUAAUAAUAAUAUAUUUGGUAAGAAUGUGCUGCCUCAAAUGUUAACAUCACUCUCUCUUUGUGGGUAUUUUAAUUAUCAAAUCCCACCAAAUGCAUUACCACAGUCUUUGUUGUUUUUAAAAUUGGGUCAUUAUUUCAAUUGUCCAAUAUUAAAAGAUAGUAUACCUUCCAAUGUUUCCACUUUAAUUAUUGGGAAAAUUUUUAACUAUCCUUUAGAACCCCAAUCACUACCAGAAUCAAUCACAACUAUUUCAAUCGAAAAUUCUUUAUAUUCACAUAUACCAUCACUUUCCUUUUUACCACAGUCAGUUAAAACUUUAUAUGUACCUUAUGUUUUAUAUAUUGAAAUAAGUUCGGAACUUAUUAAGCUCCCUCCAUCAAUAAAAUUAUUAAUAAAAAGGAUAGAUAGAUAA